CCAUUUACAUAUUUGGUAGUUAAAUUCAGUUUCUCAAGCAACAUUAGACCAGACGAGACGUAAAAUAUGACGCUGAGCUCGAAGUUAAUUUUUUUUAACGUAAUUUUGGUUCCUUACUUCCUCUCGUUGAAAGGAGAAAUACUGAAUCUCAAAGCUGAUGACCCAGGCGUCCUUGAUGCACUUGAUUUUGCCAUGAAUGAACUCAACGCUAUAAGGAACAACUUGUAUCGCUUGAUGUCCACCAAAGUUGAGGACGCCAUUGUGCAGGUUGUUUCUGGCCGAAAGUUCUGUAAUGUUUCGGAGAUUGGCAAUUCUCGAAGGUGCCGGAAUGAUAAAGCUCACAAGUCCGCCUCUCUGGAUACUUGCCCUAUUGACGCAUUAGAGGUAGGAGACUGUGUUCUAGGGAUAUGCGGAUGUCAUAAGACUGAAAAUGGCGGCAAUGCUUUGUUUAGAUAA